UGAAUAUGAGCGGCGGCCGACCUUCGAUGAUCAUGGACGGAUCACCACCAGUCUUUGAGCAAAUCUUUCGCAAUGCUCGUUUCGCUCAGGGGGGCGAUGCCUUUUUCGAAGGCAAAGUGACUGGCAAUCCCCGGCCUGAAUUGUCGUGGACUCGCGAAGGCCAGCCCAUCUCCACCGGUGGCAAAUACCAAAUGCAAUACGAGCCGGCGACGGGCAAAGUGUCUCUGCUGAUCACUCGCAUCGGCCCGGGAGACGAGGGCGAGUACACUUGCACGGCCGUCAACAAGUUUGGCGAAGCCAUUUGCACCGUUUACAUCCAGCCGGAAGGACUCAACUUUCCUCAACAUCUGCCAGAGAUACACGAACGCAGCGCUCACACCGAGCUGCUCUCUUACCAGACGAACGGAAGUCAGCAAGAGCUCUACGACGCCGACUUCAAGGUGGACACGUUCGAGUACCGUUUACUGCGCGAAGUCGAAUUCCGCGAGUCGCUCACCCGUCGCUCCCAGUUGGAUCUUCAGACCGAGACGGAGACGGAAACCGAAACGGAUUUCGAGCAGCUGACGACGCCGCUGGCCCCGCCCCAGCUGGUCCAGCAGCCUCGCAAUACCAAGCUGCUCCAAGGCUCUGAUGCCACCUUUCAGGCCAAGCUUCAAGGCAACCCGAAGCCAAAGUUGACGUGGUUCAUGAACGGUGCCCGUUUGAACCCAUCACCUCGUCACCAAUUGACGCACAGCAACCACCUGGCCACACUCAAAAUUCGCAACGUCCAACCUCAGGAUGCUGGACAUUACACACUGUUUGCCGAAAACGCUGCCGGAUGCAUCGUUUCAACUGCUUUCUUGGCCGUCGAACCUUCCGGCCCCAGCAAUGGAUUCUCGCCUGUCGAUAAACGCGCCCAGUCUCGUCCGGCCGCAGCCAUGGCCAGCAGUGAAGUGACUGCCGCCAAAGUGGCCAGGACGGCCUCGCAAGAACGUCCCGGAAAUGAUGCUGUCGUCAUGGAGACGGGCGAACCCAGCGGCAAAGCCCUGCCGCCUCAAUUCGUCCGCGUCCCGGCCGACCAGGAAGUCGGCGAGGGUAAAAUGGUCCGUUUCGACUGCCGCAUCACUGGCCGUCCCUACCCGGACGUCGUCUGGUACUUGAACGGCCGUCAGCUGCUGGACGACGCGACGCACAAAAUCCUGGUCAACGAGUCCGGCAACCACGCCCUGAUGAUCACGGGCGCCGGCCUGGCGGAUUCCGGAGUCAUCCAGUGCGUCGGUCGCAAUAAAGGAGGCGAGUCCAGCUUCCAGGUCCGUCUGUCGGUCAUUGAGCGCGAGCAAGUCGUCGCCCCGAAAUUCGUCGAACGUUUCACGACGAUUCACGUCAAGGAGGGCGAGCCCGUCAGUCUGCACGCCCGGGCCAUCGGCACGCCCAUCCCCAAACUCACUUGGCAAAAAGACAGCGUGCCCGUCAACGCUGCCGGACCGGAAUUGUCCAUCAGCAACGAAGGUGGCAACAGCCUUCUCGACAUCCCCUGCGCCCGUCUGGCCGACGCCGGAUGGUACCAGUGUACCGCUCAGAACGUUGCCGGAUCGACGGCCACCCGUGCCCGGCUCUUUGUCGACCAGCAGCAGCCGCUUUCCGGCCAGCCGAAAGCCAUGCGCUUCCCCAAACCGACGAAAGUCAUCCAGCCGGAGCCGGAACGCGAGCCCGAAGUCAUUUACUUGCGACACGUCGAGCGCGCGCGCCCUCAAGCGCCCCGUCGCGAAGAAGAGGAACGUGUUUAUGAGGCGCCCAUCUUCAUCCUUCCUUUGAAAGAUGUGAACUUGGCCGAGGGCCAGCGGGCUUACUUUGAAGCCAAAGUCAAUCCGGCCGGCGACCCCAACAUGCGCGUCGAUUGGUUUAUCGACGGAAAACCCCUGGCGGCCAGCUCCAGAGUUACCGUCACGUACCGAUUUGGAUACAUUUCCCUGCUGUUGAUUGGCGUCAUCCGCGAGGACAGCGGCGUCUACACUUGCCGGGUCAGCAACGAGGCCGGCUACGCCGAUUCGAGCGCCGAGAUGCGCGUCGGCCCUCGGGCGACGGUGGAACUGCAGUCGCAGCAUCCCGAGUCGCUGGAACAGAUCCAAAUGUUGGAGGACUAUUCGCGCUACCAGCGCAACACUUCGGUCGAGGAAAUGUCCGGCGCCCGGCCCGUUUUCGUCAAGCCGCUCCACGAUCUCGGCCUGAUGAACGAGGGCUCUUACGCCCAUUUCGAGGCCCAGAUUCAGCCCGUCAGCGAUCCCUACAUGAAGAUCGAGUGGUACAAGGACGGACGCUCCAUCACGGCCAGCUCGCGCAUCACCACCAUUUACAAUUUCGGAUACGUGGCAUUGAAUGUAAUGCACUUGCGGGCCGAAGACGCGGGCAUGUACACCGUGAAAGCCAUUAAUCGUCAAGGAGAGGCCGUCAGUCAGGCUUCGAUCCAGGUUGCCACUCGUGGCACGGUCACCGGAGACCUGGGCAUCCCCGAACAGCAGCGCUACAUUGAGCGCAUUGAGGAAUUGGAAGCUUACCAGCAGUCGCUGGCCCAGCGAGGCCAGCCGGAACCGAUUGAGGCCACGUCGCCGCCCGAGUUCAAGUCGCCCAUCAAAGAUCAACUGGAAAUUCGUGAGGGAGGCUUUGCACACUUUGAAGCUCGUCUUGAACCCAUCGGCGAUCCCAAACUGACGGUCCACUGGUUCAAAGAUGGAAAACCAUUGGAGGCCAGUUCUCGCAUCACCAAUUUCUUCAAUUUCGGCUACGUCGCUCUGACGAUCAAGUUCAUCACGAUCCACGACCGCGGCGUCUACACUUGCGUCGCCCGGAACGCGCUGGGCGAGGCCACGACCGCCGCCAAAUUGACGGUCAUCUCGAAGCAGGACAUUCUGCUCGACACGCAACACCCCGAGGGCUUGGAGAAGAUCCGCUACCUGGAAGACGACUCGCGCUACGCCCGCAAAGAGGAGACGACGACGACCGUCACCAUCAAGCCGCGUUUCCUCGGACCGCUCAAGGGCACCAACAAGAUCGUCGAGGGUCAAAAGGCCCAUUUCGAGAUUCGACUGGAGCCGCAGAGCGAUCCGACCCUGCGCGUCGAAUGGUAUUUCAACGGCAAAGUCAUCAUGCAGGCGAGUCGUAUUCAUCUGUUCCACGACUUUGGCUACGUUGCCCUGGAUAUUUUGGACGUGCGAUCUGAAGAUGCCGGUACCUACACCGUCGUUGCCCGCAAUGCCCUUGGCGAAGCUCAAUCUGAAACCACGAUGGUGGUAGAGACACGUAGCAGCGUCGAUACGACGUCGAUGCACCGCGCCGCUUACGACAAGGCUCAACGCCUCGAGGAAUCCAAAUUCCAGGAACCGCAAUACGACAUUGAGGAGAUCUCCAAGUCGCGUCCCAUCUUCGUCAUCCCGUUGAGCGACCCGCGCCCAGUCAGCGAGGGCAAGAACGUCCACCUGGAAUGCCGCCUGGAACCGAUGGGAGACCCGACGAUGCGAGUCGAGUGGUUUUUCAACGGCAAACCCAUCACGGUCGGUUCCCGUUUCAAAUCCUAUUUCGAUUUCGGAUUCGUCGCCCUGGACGUCAUCGGCUGCACCGCCCUGGACUCUGGCGAGUACACGGUCCGAGCCACCAACCACCUGGGAUCGGCCCACACGUCGGCCUGCGUCCGCAUCAUCGGCCGCUCGGACGUCAUGACGGAGACGCAGCACGAAGGCGCCUGGGAACAGAUCCAGAUGCUCGAGGAUUCCUCCAGAUACACCCGCAAACAGGUGGAAGAGAUGUCGAUCGAGCAGAUCCCUUGUUUCACCAAGCCCCUGCACAACAUCGAAACGGUCGAAGGCACCAACAUCCACCUGGAAUGCCGCCUGAUCCCCGUCGGAGACUCUUCCAUGAGGAUCGACUGGCUGGUCAACGGACAGCCCGUCCGCACUGGUCAUCGAUUCCGACCGGCUUUCGAUUUCGACUAUGUCGCCCUGGACAUUCUCAGCGUCUACCCGGAGGACUCUGGCGUCUAUACCUGCCGCGCUUAUAACAAACUGGGCGAGGCCGUGACGUCGAGCAGCGUCCGCGUCGUUGCCAAGUCUCAGCUGAUUCUCGAGUCGCAGCACCCAGGCGGUCUGGAGAAGAUCCAGUACCUGGAAGACGCUUCGCGCUACAAGCGCCGCGAGGACAUUGACGAGUCCGUCUCGAUCCGUCCGCGUUUCCUCACCAAACCCAAACCCCAGGAAGGACUCCGCGAGGGCCAAAACGCCCAUUUCGAAUGCAAACUGGAACCCGUCCAGGACCCUAAUUUGAAGGUGGAAUGGUUCAAGAACGGCUGCCCGGUGACUAUCGGCUCCCGUUUCCGGCCCAUCCACGAUUUCGGCUACGUCGCCCUGGACAUUAUCGGUCUGAUCGCCGAAGACUCUGGCGUCUACACCUGCCGGGCUCAGAACGCGGUCGGCGUCGACGAGACGACCGUCAAUUUAUCUUGCAAGUCGUCUAAGCAGAUUGUGACGGACGCCCAGCGCGACGGCCUCGGCAUGGACAAGCUGCAGUACCUGGAAGACAGGUCGAAAUACCAGCGGGCCGAAGAGACUGAAGAAGUUUGCACUCAGGCGCCAGUUUUUACGACGUCGUUGAAGACGAUCGAAAUCAAGGAGGGACAAAGGGCCCAUUUCGAGUGCCGUUUGAUUCCCGUCUCGGACCAGACGAUGAGGGUCGAGUGGUUCCGCAACAACGUGCCAUUAAAGUCCGGCUCGAGGUUCACAGAGACCAACAGCUUCGGAUUCGUCGCCCUCGAUAUUAUGUACGCUUAUCCAGAAGACGCUGGAACGUACACCUGCCGGGCGUCCAACGCCCUCGGACAGGCCGUCACUUCGUGCCAAUUGAAUGUCCACUCUAAGAAAUCGGUCGUCAGGGAGACGCAGAAUCAGACGGCCCUCAGCCAGAUCCAGUAUCUCGAAGAUACGUCACGCCAACAACGGCCCUCUGAUGUUGAUGAUUCGACUACCCAGGCUCCAGUGUUCACUCAGCCGAUGAAGAAUUUGACUUUGAAGGAGAACCAAUCGGCCCAUUUCGAGGCCCGUCUCAUCCCAGUGGGAGAUUCCCGUCUGAAAGUGGAAUGGUUCAAGAACGGAGUUCCUCUCCAAGACGCCAAUCGAAUUUCGACGCUGAACGAUUUCGGCUUUGUGGCCCUCGAUUUGAAGUACGUCCGUCCCGAUGAUUCUGGAACGUACACUUGCCGUGCCACCAACGAAUUGGGUCAAGCCGUCACAUCGGCUACGCUGAUUGUCCAGUCGAGGGACACGCACGUCGUCACCGAGACGCACCAUCAAACGGCCCUGGACAAGCUCCAGUACCUGGAAGAUACGUCGCGUUACCAACGUCAAGUCGAAGAGGAUUCCGUCGUGACGGAAAAGCCCAAAUUCGUGGCCCCGCUCAACGGACCAACGAAAUUAGUCGAAGGUCAAAACACGCACUUUGAAUGCCGCAUUGAACCGUACCCGGAUCCCAGCACUAAGGUCGAGUGGUUCCAUAACGGAAAGGCUUUGUCGACUGGACAUCGUUUCCGCACCGUCCACGAUUUCGGGUUCGCCGCCCUGGACAUUUUGAGCGUCUACCCGGAAGAUUCGGGCGAGUACACGAUCAAGGCCACCAACAAGCUGGGCAGCUGCACGUCUACUCUUAACAUUGACGUGUCAUCACGUUCCGGCCUCAUUACCGAAUCGCAACAUCAAGCGGCCCUGGAUAAGAUCCUGUACCUGGAAGACGACUCGCGUCAUAGACGGGUCGAUGAAGUCGAUUCGAAUAUGACGGACAAGCCGUCCUUCGGCCGUCCUCUUUGCAAUUUGAAUUUGUCCGAAGGCCAGUCGGCUCAUUUGGAAGCGACGCUGGUGCCCGUUAAUGACCCGACGAUGCGCGUUGAAUGGUAUCACAAUGGCCGUCCCAUCACGCAGGGCCAUCGAUUCCGCACGACUUAUGAUUUCGGAUUCGUUGCGCUGGACAUCCUCUACGCGUACGCUGAAGAUUCUGGAACGUACAUGUGCAAAGCCAUCAACGCCAAUGGAGAAACGGUGACCACGUGCUCGGUGACGGUUGAGGGCAAAGCUGGACUCGUCUUGGACACGCUCGAUCAACAGCGAUUGACUAAAAUCAAUGAGCUGGAAGCUUACACCCGUCCGGCUAAAGAAGACGUCGAGCAGGAAAUGCAGCGGCCCAUUUUCACGACUCCGCUCCAGAACCUGGAAAACAUGAAGGAGGGCGAUCACGCUCACCUGGAAUGCCGCCUGGAGCCCAUCAACGACGCCAAGAUGCGCGUCGAAUGGUUCGUCAACGGCAUGGCCAUCCGCACUGGGCACCGAUUCCGCGCCACUCACGAUUUCGGCUACGUCGCCCUGGACAUUCUCUACACUUACCCGGAAGACACUGGAACUUACAUGUGCAAGGCCAUCAACGCUCUUGGUGAGGCCGUCAACACCUGCACCAUCCAGGUGGCGUCCAGGAAGUCGAUCUACCUGGACUCUCAACACCCUGAAGGCUGGGAAAAGAUCCGCGCCCUGGAAUCGCACACGCACCUCCGCCCUGAAGAAGUCGAAGAGCCCGCCGGUCCGCCCAGGUUCAUUACCGAGCUCCAGGGAACCACCAAAUUGAAGGAAGGGCAAACGGCCCACCUGGAAUGCCGCGUCGAGCCCGUCCGCGACCCCAAACUGCGCGUCGAAGUCUUCCACAACGGCAAGCCGCUCCAGUCGGCUUCGCGCUACCACGUCACCUGCGAUUUCGGUUACAUCGCCCUGGACAUUAAGCACGUCUUGCCCGAAGAUGGCGGCAAGUACACCGUUAAAGUCGUCAACGAUUUCGGCGAGUGCAGCUCCGCCAUCGACAUUGAGGUUGAGGGACGUAGCGGACUGAUCCUGGAGUCGCAACAUCCGCAAGGACUGGACAAGAUCCGCGAAUUGGAAGACGCUUCGCGAUUCCGCAAGGAAGUCAACCUGGAACCGGUCCCGUUCCAGCGUCCCGUCUUUACGGCCCCUCUGCAGAACCUGGACGGCCUUUUGGAGAACGCCAACGCUCACCUCGAGUGCCGCUUGAUCCCUGUGGGCGAUCCGUCGCUCAAGGUCGAAUGGUUCCACAACAACCUGCCCCUGGGAGACUCUUCGCGCAUCCAGAAGACGCACGAUUUCGGCUACGUCGCCCUGGACAUUUCGCACAUCCGAGAUGAAGACCAAGGCAUUUACAUGUGCCGGGCCACCAACUCUCUCGGCGAGGCCGUCACGACCUCAUCCGUCAAGAUCCUGUCCAAGGCCAACAUCCAACUGGAAAGCCAACACCCCGAGGGCAUGAAGAAGAUCCGCGAGCUGGAAGAGGGCAAAGCCCCGCAGCGCGGCCCGGAGCAGGACAACGUUUUCGAAAAGCCCGUCUUUACCACCUGCCUGACUGGACCGGCCGAGUUGCUGGAGGGUCAGAACGCGCAUUUCGAGUGCCGCGUCGUGCCCGUCGGCGACCCGACACUCCGUUUCGAGUGGUACGUCAACGGCGUCGAGCUCAAAAUGGGCUCGCGCUUCCGAGUUACCCACGAUUUCGGUUACGUCACCCUGGACAUGACGUCCGUCAUCCCUGAAGAUUCGGGCGUUUACAUGUGCAAGGCCAUCAACAAGGCCGGCGAAGCCGUUUCCACCACGGCCAUGAAGGUCCGCUCUCGCGGUAGCAUCCUGGGCGACGCCGUCCAGCCGCAGGCUUGGCAGAAGAUCCAGUUGAAGGAGACGGAACUCAACCGGGCACCGACCGCUUACGAGGAGGCGCCUCUAUCCGAAGCUCCUCGUUUCAUCAAGAACCUGGUCAACCAGGAACUCCUGGCCGAAGGGCACAAUCUCCACCUGGAAGCCCAGGUUGAGCCCAGGAGCGAUCCUCACUUGAAGGUUGAAUGGUACCACAACGGCGUCCAGUUGAUGACCGGAUCUCGCAUCCGGAGCACUUUCGAUUUCGGACUCGUUUCCCUGGACAUCACUGGACUCCGAGCCGACGAUUCCGGCAUUUACGUCUGCAAGGCCGUCAACAAGCUGGGCGAGGCCGUUUCGACCUGCACCAUCCGAGUCGAAGCUCACGGAUGGCUCCUGGGCCAGGCGCUCCGUCCGGAAGCGCUGGCCAAGAUUGCCGCCCUGGAGGACCAGACAGUCCGGGAGAUGCCCGAACAAGAGACGGACUACGAAUCGCCCGUCUUCAUCACUCACUUGAACAACGUCGAGUGCCGAGAGGGCGAGACGGCCCAUUUCGAGUGCCGCGUCCAGCCGUGCAAGGACCCGACGAUGCAGAUCGAAUGGUUCGUCAACGGCAAACCGCUGCCCGUCGCUUCCCGUUUCAACGCCACCUACGAUUUCGGCUACGUCUCCCUGGACGUCACCCACGUCUACGCCGAAGAUUCCGGCGUCUACACCUGCCGCGCCCAGAACGCUAAAGGCCAGGCCGUCUCCACCGGAACGCUACGCUGCACAAGCAAGGCCAACAUCUACCUGGACACUCAACACCCGCAGGGCAAGGCCGGUUUGGAGGCCGUCCACGAAGCCGAAGAGGCUUACUACGCCAAAUACCAGCGCCAGUCGUCGACUCCGGAGGCCAGCUUCCCCAAACCGCUGUUCAUCAUCCCUCUGCCGGAGAAGUUCUCGCCGGCCGAAGCCCAGCCGUUGCACAUGGAGUGCCACGUGGAGCCGAAACAGGACCCCAAACUGCGCGUCGAGUGGUUCUUCAACGGCAAACUCCUGGACCACGGCUCCAGGUUCAAGAUGACGAACGAUUUCGGGUUCAUUUCCCUGGACUUGUCGGACGUUUACGCCAGAGAUCAGGGCGUCUACACCUGCCGGGCUAGCAACGCGGCCGGAGAGGCUUUUACGACGACGACCGUCUACUGCCAGGGCAAAGAGGGCCUCAUCGAAGACACUCAACACCCGAAAGGCGAAGCCGGCCUGGAGCAGAUUCAGCGUUUGGAGGAUUCGCUGCUGCCCAGCAGGGACGGAGCCGACGCGGACGAAGACGGCAAAGCUCCCGUUUUCACUUCGCAGUUCCAGAACGUCACGAACCUCCUGGAAGGCGAUAUCGCCCACUUUGAGGCGACGCUGACUCCCACCGGCGACCAGACGAUGACGGUCGAGUGGUUCUUUAACGGCCAGUCGCUGAAACUGGGCCAUCGCGAACGCACCGUCCACGCUUUCGGCAUGGUCGUCCUGGAAAUUAUCGGCACCAAAGUCGAAGACUCUGGCAUCUACACCUGCAGGGCUACCAACAAAUGGGGUGUGGCUGAGAUAAGCGUGACUCUUGAAUGCGUCGAUAUGUCCAGCGGUCAGAAACCGGAAUUUACAUCACAGAUCCAGAGCCUGGAAGGCCUCAAGGAUGGCCAAUCGGCUCAUUUCGAAUGCACGUUGGUACCCGUCGGAGAUCCCAAUCUCAAGGUCGAGUGGUUCGUCAACGGACAGCCGCUCCGUCACUCGUCUCGCAUCAAGACGGUCUCGGAUUUUGGUUUCGUCGUCCUGGACAUUGCCUACGUCCAGUCUCACGAUUCCGGCGAGUACAUUUGCAAGGCCAGCAAUAAAUUCGGCGAGGAUUUCACCCGGGCAACUCUGCGCUGUUCCGGCAAAGGCGGAGUCUACUCCGACUCUCUUCAACCCGACUCGCUGGCCAAGAUCCGCGCCCUCGAAGAACAAGCCCUGGACGCUCCGGCUCCUCUAGCCGCCGCUGCCGAGGCUCCCAAAUUCGUCAGCCAAUUGGUGGACAUUGCCCGUCUGGUUGAAGGUCAAAGCGCCCACUUUGAGGCCCGUCUGACUCCGGUCAACGACCCGCUCCUGACUGUCGAAUGGUAUUUCAACGGGACGAAACUGCCUACUGGACACCGGUUCCGCACGUUCCACGAUUUUGGCAUCGUCAUCCUGGACAUUUUGUACUGCUACGAGGAGGAUUGCGGCGUCUACGAGUGCCGGGCCGUCAACCGGAUGGGCCAGGACACGACGAAAGCGACGCUCAAGUGCCUGUCGAAGGCCAGUCUCAUCCUGGACUCUCAACUGCCCAAAGGCAUGGAAUCUUUGCAAAAGAUCCAGUCGCUCGAAGACAAGGAGCGUCGCGAAGGCGCCGUCGAGGAAGUGGCCCGCCAGGCGCCCGUCUUCACCGUCCCGCUCAACAACGUGGCCGGCCUUCGCGAAGGAGAGAACGCCCAUUUCGAGGGCCGUUUGACCCCGACCGACGAUCCAAAACUCAAGGUCGAAUGGUUCUUCAACGGCAAACCUCUUAGGACGGGCUCUCGCAUCCGCACUUUCUGCGAUUUCGGCUUCGUCAUCCUGGAAAUUUCGCCCGUCUACCCGGAGGAUUCCGGCGAGUAUUCUUGCCGGGCCAUCAACGAGUACGGCGAGGCUGUGACAUCCGCCUCGCUGAAAUGCCAGGGCAAACGCAACGUCAUUUUCGAGUCUCAACUGCCCAAGGGCAUGGAACGCACCAUCGAGCGCAUCGCCGAGCUGGAGGGUCUUGGAGGCCGUCCGGCCGACCAAGCCGCCGAAACGGACACUGGCAAACCGCCAGAGUUCUUGAGCCAACCGGGCGAUCUUUUACUGCCCGAGAACGGCCUGGCCCAUUUCGAGUGCAAAUUGACUCCGGUCGGCGAUCCGAGUCUGCGCGUCGAAUGGUUCCACAACGGCAAACCAUUGCUGGCCGGCUCCAGAGUCAAGACCAUCUCUGAUUUCGGUUUCGUCAUCCUCGAAGUCUCUGGCGUCUACUCCCGCGACGCCGGCCUCUACACUUGCAAGGCCAGCAACAAGCACGGAGAAGCGUCCGUCACUUGCACCCUCCAAGUCAAGGGCCGUCAGGGCAUCAUCCUGGAGCCUCAGUUGCCGCAGAGCUUCAAGAGCGGCACUCAGUCUAUCCAGAAAUUGGAAGAGAAUCUUUACAAACGGGACGAACCGGCCGCUCCGGCCGACGAUCAGCCCAAUCCGCCCCGCUUCGUCAGCGAAAUUAAAGACCUGGACUUGGUCGAGGGCCAAGCGGCCCAUUUCGACUGUCGCGUCGAGCCCGUCGGUGACGCUUCGAUGCGCAUCGAAUGGUUCCACAACGGCCGCCCGCUCGGCUCUGGCUCUCGCAUCCGCAUGCUGGACGAUUUCGGCUUUGUCGUCCUGGACAUUGACUGGACUUUCCCCAGAGACGCCGGGGAGUACGUCUGCCGGGCGACGAACCGUUGGGGCUCGGCCACGACCCGCGCCAAACUCGUCACCAAAGCCAAACGCGACGUCAACCUGGACUCUCAACUGCCUCAGGGCAUGACGGGCGAGAAACUGCGCGACCUGGAACGCGGUCCGGUCGUCGAACGCAUCCAGGAGGACACCCCCGAAGCAGCACCUCAUUUCACUCAGCAAUUGAAGGAGAUGUCGAUGGAAGAAGGUGAAACGGCCCAUUUCGAGUGCCGCGUCGAGCCCAAGACGGACCCGAGUCUGCGCGUCGAGUGGUACCACAACGGCAAGCCGCUCCAGAGCGGCCACCGAUUCCGCACCGUCUACGAGCUGGGUUUUGUCUCGCUGGACAUCCUCUACGCCUACCCCGAAGAUGCUGGAGAAUACCUAUGUCGUGCAUUUAAUCGCAUCGGCGAGGCCACUACGAAAGCCAGUCUCACUUGCAAGAGUGUUCCAGCCAUCAUUAUGCAGAACCAGAUGCCGAGGGGCAUGAAGAAAUCAGAGACGCUGCUCCAGAUGGAAGCGGCUCUCAAGAAGUACACGUCCGAGAUCUUCUUGACGGAAGAGGACAUUUACGACGCGGAUAAACGCCAACCACCGAGAUUCGUGACUCACAUCAAGGACAUGAUGGAACUGAAGGAGAUGGAAGCGGCGAAAUUCGAGUGCCAAUUGGCUCCAGUCGGCGACCCCAACAUGCGCCUGGAAUGGUUCUUCAACGGGAAACCGCUGCCUUACAAGACUCGCUUCACUCCCAUCUACGAUUUCGGCUACGUUGCCAUGAAUUUCGGCUGGGUCUACCCGGAGGAUUCCGGCGAGUACCUCUGCCGGGCCACCAACAAGUACGGCUCGGACGAGACGCGCGCCUUUAUCAAGACGACCGGCCGUCCUGGAAUCAUCUACGAUUCUCAAUUGCCCAAAGGCAUGCAGAGCGUGGAAAAGAUCCGCGAGAUGGAGGCCUCCUGGCAGAGGAUGCCUGACGAAAGGGUCGAAGCCGAAGUGCAAAAGGAAAAGCCCGUCUUUGUACUGAAACCAAAGGACGUCCAGGUGAUGGAAGGCGAAUGGGCACGUUUCUGCUGCCGCGUUACCGGCUAUCCUCGCCCGCGUGUCAUGUGGAUCUUGAAUGGACACACCGUCAUUAAUGGCACUCGCAAUAAGCUGACCUACGACGGCAUGUGGCACCUGGACAUCCCCAAGACGCGCCAGUACGACGACGGCAAACUGGAAGUCGUCGCCCGCAAUUCCCAGGGCGCCGCCAGCUGCACCGUCGAGCUCAAAGUCACGGCCAGGACCGACGACCACCGAGGCGUCCUUAAAAAUUCACCCAAACAAUACAAGGACACGCCCACCUACCGGAAACCGGAAUGGGUCACACGGAUGGAGAUUGUCCGCGCGCAGAUGUUAGAAUCGCAACAACCUCCGCAGUUCACGACCGAAAUUAUCGAUGCUCGUGUUCAAGAAGGUGAAGAGGCCAAGUUCGAGUGUUUCUAUGCCGGAAACCCGAAACCUGAUAUCUGUUGGUAUUAUAACAACAAACUGAUGAACCCCAAUCCGAACAUCAAAAUUCGCAUCAAGGACAAUACGACAUCCUGCACGAUCCUCGAAGUCGAUCAGGACAUGGAAGGCGAGUACAUGUGCAAAGCGACUAGCACUUGCGGAGCUCACGUCACUAAAGCCCGUCUUCACGUUCACGAGUUGACUGGCGAGGCCAGAGAGAUUUGGCUUGCCAAGAAGAACAAAGUGAUUGAAGAAAAGAAACGCCAAGAGAAAGAGAAGGAGGACAAAAAGAAGAAGAAAGAAAAGGGUUCUAAGGUCACUAAAGAGGAAUACCUCAAACAAGCCUUGCAAGAAAAGGAGGCCGCCAAAGCUGAAGAAGCUAAGAAACUGGCAGCCAUUGAAGAAGCCAAACAGGCCAAAAUCGAAGCUGAACUUCAACCAAAGCCAGAGGUCAAAGUCAGCAAAGCCAAAAUCCAAAAAGAGGCUAUGGUUGAGGAAAGUCUCAAUAAAUUCGUGGAGAAUCAAGCGAUCGGCCUGAAAGCUUUGCUAGAAAUGACCGAACGUAAAUCAUUGAACGUAACCGAAGUGGUUACACAAGACAAGGCGAACGAAUUCAGCCCAGAUCAGGCACCUUUCGAAGAAUUUCUAAAGAUUGAAACGAUGCUGAAAUCAGGCAUAGCAGUCGAUCAAAUCGUCACGUUAGGUUCCAUUGGCAAUCUUCCAACUCUGACAGCUCCCGAGACCCAAAAAGCUCUAGUCCGUCUGGUAGAAGAUCAAGGUUUCAAAGCCGUCGUUCUUCAGGAAAUCGUGAGAGAGGCCGCUAAAUUGGCUCCCGAAGAGCCAAUUGGUAUGAAAGCCGUCCUCAAGGCCAUCGAGACCAAGAGCGCCAAUAUCGAAGACAUUGUCGUCAUGGCAACGCAUCCGGAAGAGUUCAAUUUGGGAGCGCCGCCGGUGCCGGAGAUGGCCACAGUCUCGACUUUGUUGAACGAGGGCAUCUCUUGCGAAGAGAUGUUGACCAUCGUCAAAGCCGGAGAACUGCCGGCCCUCAAUCUCCCCGAGAAUCAAUGGCCGCUCGUCCAGAUCAUGGAGAAACUCGGACAGACGGCCAUCAUCUCUCAAGUCAUCGUCGAAGAACCGGCCCUCAAUCUUCCGGCUGUGAUCAACGAAAUUCCGCAAACAGUGGAAGAAAGACUGGACAAAUUCAUAACAAACCAAUCGAUUGGAUUGCGGGCCUUGAUCGACAUUGCCGUCCAGGAAUCGGUCAACGUCAGCGAAAUGGCCACUCUGGACAGGGCCCAAGAGUUCCAGCAGGAAAGCGCUCCCUUCCAAGAGUUCCUCAAGGUUGAUACCAUGCUGAAAUCGGGUGUCAAUGUCGACCAGAUCGUCACUUUGGGCUCGACCGGAAAUCUACCCAUGUUGACGGCUCCAGAGACCCAAAAGGCUCUGGUUCGCAUCGUGGAAGAUCACGGAUCCAGGGCCAUCACUCGUGAGAUUAUCGUGAAAGAAGCAGCGAAAUUAGUUCCCGAGGAAGUGAUUGGUUUGAAGGCAGUGCUUAAAGCUGUCAAGACCAAAAAAGCUGACAUCAAAGACAUUGUUGAAAUGGCCACACGUCCGGAAGAAUUCGGUCUGAAUGCUCAACCAGUUCCAGAAAUGGCCAGUGUUUCUACUCUGCUUCACGAGGGUAUCUCGUGCGAGGAGAUGUUAACUAUCGUCAAAGCUGGAGAACUACCUGCUUUGCAAUUGCCCGAGAACCAAUGGCCCUUGAUCCAGAUCAUGGAACGCUUGGGUCAGACAGCCAUCGUGUCGCAAACCAUCAUCGAAGAGCCAACGCUGGGAUUGAAGAUUGAAAUCCCCGAGAUGGCGACAUCUGUCGAGUCUACUGUUGAACCGUUAUCCACAGCUGUUGUUGAGGUGCUACCAGAUGAACCGAGCGCUAUUGCCACUUUGGAACACAACGCGGACAACCUUCCUGAGAAGAACAUUGUCAAGAAGAAGAAGAAGACUCUGAGAUUCGCCGAAACUACCCUGACCCCAGAACCUUUUCCUACUUCCCCUUCGAUUUCCCAAAUUCCAAAAGAUCUUGUGUCCCAAGCCCAGCUCUUACCAGAAGAUGGAACUGUCCCGACGCAGAAAUCAAGCGAAACCAUUGAAUUGAAAAUGAAGAAAGUGAAGAAAUCCGUAGAUGUUGAAGUCCGUCCUUCAAGUCGACCAGAUGCAAAGCCAAAGGACCAACUACCAAUGGUGAUUCAAUCGAUUAAACGUGAUGGAAGUUUGGAAGUCUCACCAACAGAAAUCGUUCGAAUGACUGUUGAGCCCAUGUCGGUGACUAAAGUGAAUAUUGAGACAUCACCAUCUGUUUCCGAAGUAAAACAUUAUCCCACUGCAGAGGAGGGACCAUUGAAAAGCAAGGAUUCGCUUUGUUUAGAACCUGUUAGAAAAACAGAACUGGAAAUGACACCCGAAGCUUCCAAGCCUUUGAAGAAGACAAAAUCUUUUCCUAAACGAGAAUUGGCUACAUUCGAAGUGGAAAAGGUCACACUAAAACCAGUCAAGAAAAUCGUCGUCGAAGAAAAGAAAGAUGAACAUCCGGACCGGCGGGAAAUGCCUGGAGUCAAGCAAAAAUCGCCUUUAAGGGAAGAGCUACCUGAAGAACAGUUGGAAUUGAGAAAAGUCGAUGCAGCUAUCGAAUUGAAAAAGAAACGCGUCGUGAUCAAGUCAUCCGGCAAGGAAUCGGUUCCAGAACAGCCUGAAACAUCGCCUUUCCAGCAGGAAUACCACGUCGAAAGCAUCUUGAAGAAACCACCAGUGCCUGUCCAACUAACGUCCGAUGUCCAACCUAAAAUCGUCAAAGUUUCAGAAGAGAUUAAACCUAAAAUUUCUGAAACAAAAAUGAAUUUGACAUCUGAAAAUGUUGUCGUUGUGCAGUCUCAAACUGUUGAAUCUUUUGUACCCAAGCCUGAAUUAGCCGUACAAGGAACUGUUACGCAACAAGAACCUUUUGCUUUGAAGAUAGAACCAAUGCCGGCCGUGCAAAGUACCAUUAAUAUCAAAGAGCUAGAAAUAAAGAAGAAACCGAAAACUAAGAAAACAGAAAUCAGUUUGACAUCUGAAGCUGUACAGCCUGACACAACUGAGAAAUCAGAAUUGGAGCUGCCAUCAGUAAUCCAAGAACAAGAACGCCAACACGAGGAGGUGAAAGAUGUUGCCACAAAGAAACUGAGAACCAAGAAGGCAGAAAUUAGUUUGACAUCUGUCACCGCUGUACAGCCUGACACAACUGAACUGUCGGAAUUUAAAACAGAAUUCGUGCUGCCAUCAGAUAUCCAAGAACAAGAACGCCAACACGAGGAGGUGAAAGAUGUUAGCAAGGUUGCAGAGAUCCAAAUUAAGAAGAAACCUAAAACCAAGAAAACUGAGAUUGGCUUAGCUUCCGAGUCUGCCACUAUGGAAACACCUGAAAUCGCCCAGCCAUUGGAAUUGAAAUCCGAAAUAGCAUUACCUUCCCAGCCGGAAGAAGUGAUAUCGACAACCGACUCUGUUCAGGUGGUUGAAGACGUUACGAAGCCAGUCGAAAAGAAGAAAAAACCGAAAACUCUAAAAACCAAAAUGUCUUUAGCUCCCGAAUCCAUCACCGCCGAGACGCCGGAUACAAUCGAACCGUUGAAAUUGAAAACGGAAUUGACGAUGGCGACGCACACCGAACCCCAAGAAUCAGAAGUAGCAACUUCAGAAAUCGUUAUUGCAGAAAAAACACCGACAUCAAAAACUGAAGUCAGUUUGAAACCUGAAACUGAUGUUGUCCAGAAGCCAAAAACAGUUGAGACAUUGGAGUUUAAAUCUGAAUUGACGUUGCCUUCGCAGCCGGAAGAACUUGCAACGUUAAAAACAGAAUCCAUACAGGUGGUUCAGGAAACUACCAAGGACAGUGUGUUAAAGAAAAAACCCAAAACUAAAAAGAUGGAUGUCUCUUUAACACCGGAAUCUGUCACCAUAGGACAGAUUGAAACCACUGAGCCAUUGGAACUGAAAUCUGAACUGACUUUUCCUUCGGACAUUCAACCUGAACCUAUUUCUAAGACAGAAAUGCAGCAAGUGUCUGUGAUGCAAGACAUAAGCCCUAAGACGGAUGUCAAAAAGAAAGAGAUCACAAUUGUCCAGGAAAGGCCAGUUAUAUCUCCUAAAGAAACGGAACUGCAAGUGGAGUUGGUGAAACCUUCCCAUAUUCAACAGGAGACUGAAUCCCCUGUGCAACAGGUAGCGAAAUUCACAAGUACGGUUACCCAGGAAGAAAAGAUUCACCAAUCUGGAGCUACAUUGGACACUUUAUCAAAACCCAAAAGCCAGAAAACAAUAAUCAAGAAAGUUUCAAUUCAAGAAACAGUUCAGCCAAUUGUGGUAGAGUCCAAAGGUAUUUCAAUAGAAACAAAAUCUUUGAAAAGAGCAAUCCAAACUGAAACGAUCCCUGCAACUGAAAGCCAAACAGUGAGUUCUAUUUUAUUGCAACCAAAAGAAGAGGAUAAACAAUUGGAAGUGUACACUGCACUAUUACCUGAACAACCCAAACAGCCUUUGCAAGUGACUGAAGUCAAGAUUGAACCGAAAGAUGUUAAAGAAAAUCAGGACGUUGUUGUGCAAACAAAAAUGAAGAUUAAAAAGACCAGAAAAGUUUCAGACAAGGACUUAACUUCAAUUACUCGGUCCAGCCUAAAUAUUGAUGAGGAGGAAUCUCAAACGCCUUCCGUAGCGACACUGGAACAGCCGGAAGAGCCAGGGGAAAUUUUCAAGACUGUAGCUGAAACAGAAGUCAUUCAAGACGUGCCAAUUGCAGUCAAAACGAAGAAACGUAUCGUGAAAACCGUCGAACAAUCAUCUCCUCAGAAAGAAACAGUAGAGUUACCAGUGGAGCUUUGUGAAUUAGUGAAACAACCAGACGAACCUAUUAAACAAACAGAAACAACUAGAAUCCAAUUGCAGCGACCACAAGAACCAAAAUCAACGGAAACGCCAGUUCCUGAAAGCCAGAAAUUCGUACAACCCAUCGUUCAUGAAACGUCGAUCGAGAGCAAGUCCACAAAGCGAGACGUUUCAUCGACGGUUACGCUGGAACACCCGACAUUUUCAACCGAAAAAGUCUUUGUAGACGCUCCUCAAGAAACAGUUACCCAAGAGUUCGUCAUUCGCGCCAAGUCUGAAAAGAUCGUCCAACCAACGGAAAUUGAAACAUUCAACAUUUCCUUAAGCUCUAAAAUAUCAGAAACUGAAACGUCCCAGACGGAAGAUUCGACGGUUAUUAAGAAAACCAAAGAGACGUCAGUCAAGAGAAAAUCGAAGAAAGUAUCACGAGAGCAUCGCGAAGCCACACCAGUUGCCCCACUCGUUCCAGCUGAGGUAGCUAAUCCAUGUUCGGAACAGGUUAUGGUGGAUGACCGUCCAACUCUAACUGCAGAAUACGCCGUACUUCGAUUGCCCGAAACACAGAAAGCUACUUUCGUUCAUCAAGCAGUGACUUUCGAUUCCAGCGAUGACUUUCCGGCCGGCAAAUCACCUUUUACGGCUUCGGCCAAACCUAAACUCGACAUUCAAGAAGGUCUGCAAUGCCAAGACGUCCAGGUUAUCCCAUCCCAGGAGGCCAUAGAGCCCAAAAAAGCCGAGUCGGUAUCAGCGUCCAUCGAAAUGAUGUCAUCUUUCCCCUUGGAAGUGGGCGAAGUUCAGCCGUUCAACAAACCGGAAAAGUACGUGCCGGCCCUGUUUGUGGCGACGGAAAAAGCUCGGCCGAGACUGACGACCGAAAGCGCUUUGAUCACAACAGAAACCCGAGCGCCCGAAACGGAAGGUUCUUACACAGCUGAUCGCCUACCUCCGACCCAAAAAGCCAACGUUGCCAUGUCACUACGGGAAUCCGCCUCCAUCGCUCAGGCCCGUCUUCACGAAUCGGAAAGCGAUCUGCAAUUCGACUGGCCACAGGAAUCAGCUACCGCAGCCAUGGAACCUGUUAGCUCGCUCGUGGCCAUUGUCAAUAAACAAGAGACCCAACUGAGUGCCGAUGAUUUGAUUCAACAGCCGCAGUCUAUCAAACAGAAGGGCAAAAUGUCCGUCAUCCCUCACGAAUCGCUGGUUCGCGAUGAACCACAAACAACUGAACGAGAAAUCAGUGGAAUCAUUAAACUCCCAACAAAUGCGACGGAACGUGCUGAACCUGUUAUGGUCACAUCUAGAAGCUUGUCCGUCCACACUCAACAGCCGUUCCAAUCGGGAGACUUGCAAGAAUUGACGUCCGCUCUUCCGGCUUCGAAAACAGCGAAGACAGUGCAGGACGUCAACGAAACGAUUACUGCACACCAAGUGGUCAUUGAUGAAACAACGGGUGAUGUCGAGCAGACGAAGACACCUGCUGGCCAGGCUGCAACGGCCGGAUGCGUCGCACUGGAAUCAGCGGCAACGACGCAGAAAAUCACGUACGAAUCGGAAGGAAGCUGGACGCAAACAGCACAUCUACCAUCACUUCCAGCGCCGAAAUUGACCAUGGAAACGUUCACUGUCGCACAGACGGGCUCGAUGAUGAUUGUCGACAAAGAGUCGUUGCUGGAACUGCCGAUGUUGCCUGGUUCGAAUCAAGCCAGUUCCAAACUCGAAUCUUUCUUAGCGACAGCUGGAACAGCUACAGUCAACACUCUACAAGCAGCCGAACCUUUCGAUCAGGAGGUGGUCGUUCCAGAAAAGCCUAAAAUCGUUGGAAGCAGCGGGCAGUCUGUACCAUCCGUCCAGCAAGUCUAUGUCGAAGAAGCAGCUGCUAAAUUUAGUCCUCAAGUGAACCCAGAAGAAAAACAGGCUGUUCCAGUACUGGACGAUGAACAUGCCCAAACUUCAGCGCAGACGGGCGUAACUUGGACUCAAGAAAGCGCCAUGGAUACCCUACCGGAAUGUGUAACCACCGAUCAAGCCCACGUAUCCCUUCAACCACAUUUGGCCGUUGUCCAGCUAUCCGUCAUCCCAUCGUCUGCUGGCGAUAUUUUCAAGAAAGAAGAAACACCUUUAGUCCAGUCAGCCAGGGCGGAUAUGAUACCUCUACAGGGUAUCGCGUCCGCCCAGCAAAUCCCAUCGCAUGAGCGUGAAGGUCCCAUUCUUAGUCCACCUACGAUCCCAUCCCUGACGGCCUCAAUGUCCGUCCAGAACCCGAUGGAGAGUUCCGUAACCCAAGAGAUCCAUCCCGCUUUCAAGGAGCAGGUCCUUCCGCAAUUCAACCGGCCCGAACUGGACACGGCCAGCUUGUCCGUCUCGGGUGACAAUCGUUCCCUGUUGCCCGUGACGGCCGAGGUAGGUAGCGACGAGUGUUUAGCUAGUUACGUAGCCGUUCCAGCGGCAGCGUCCGUCGAGUCUCGACUGAUCCAGGAUGUCCAGCAAUCGAUCCGGGUGACGGCCAACGAGCCGGUGGAGAGAGAGGCCGAAUUUGUAAGUGACACGAUGCCACAACAACAGACGAGCACACAGACGGCCCAUUUGGUCACCAGCGGCAGCGUUGUGACCAGCGAAGUUAGACCGGAACAGAUGCCAAACACGUUCCAGCAAGCGAUCAGUGAUGUUAUACCGCAGGCGUCACGAGCCUGCUGCGUUCUUGCCCGUCCUACAAUCCACCCUCUUACUCUUACAGAGACGGCCACGAGCGAAAGCCUGGUCCCUAUGCAGACUCAACGGCCCGUCGAAUCCAAAGCGGCCCUCGAAUUGGCCCAGCAACAGUCGUUGUUAGUUUCACAGCAUCAGCUGAUCGAGCAAGAAACGAUUCACGGUGAUCAAACUGUUCCACAAAAGCAGCAAGUCAAUGUUAAACUGACGACUAGAGAAGCCAUCGUGACGGACCACCAGGAACAAGUCCAGCACGGCGCUGAUUAUCAAGUCGUGAAGCCAACGACCGUCUCGCUGGAAGCGAAGAUUGUGCCCAGUCAUCGAGGUAAAGCAGCCCAAGUGACGGAAACUCAAACGGGAUCGUUUGCCGGACAGUUCCAGACGGCCGAUCAAAUCAAAGAGACGGCCCAGCUUUCGCUGUGUUCUAUGGAAACGGCCACCGUCAGUCACGUGUGGGACUAUAGGAAAGAAGCCGAUUGGGUACCCCCUAGCAUCCAACCGGCCAGAAAGACGGCCCAAGCUGUCGCGUCCUCCGAACUACGUUCCGUUCAAGUCGAACAAACUCAAACCGUCGAAGCGGGCGGCCAGCUGAACGUGACCAAGGCUUUAAUGGCGGAUUCAACAUCGUCCAUCACUCCUUUACUGGAAAUGUCGUCUCUUUACUCUGCUCAGAUAUUCCAGAAAGAACAACCUCUCGAAGAAUUCGUGAGCGGGCAAAGUCAAUCUGCCCGUCCCGUAGCCCCAAGCGAACGGCGGACCGUUCAAAUAUCAGAAGUCCAAACGACCAUUCAGGAAAGUCCGCUGGACAUCGUGCGACCGGUCCAACAAACGGCCAAGAGCAGCAGCAUGCCCCAAUCGGAAGUGGCUGUCAAAACGGAAGACGUGGUCAUGGAUUAUUGCCUUCCGCAAACGCAGCCGGCCGUGGAGAGAGCCACGCCCAACGUGAGUUUCACGGAACAACGGGCCGUGUCCGUCGGUCACGUCAUCGAGUCGGGAAUUCAAUCGAAUCUGUCAGCGAAUGAGAGACCCGAAGAAAAAACGGCCGUCCGGUUGAUUCCGGAACAUGUUCAGAUGGGCGUGGCCAGCGUCCAGGUGGCCUACAAAGAAGGAUUGCUGGACGAGUUCGUUACGGCUCAAAGUCAACAGGCCAGAUCGAUGACGGACGAACAGCGAACGGUCGUCGUCUCGGAAGUCCAGCCGCAAGUCAGCGAAGUUCCAUUAGAAAGGCCAACGAUGACGGCCAAAUUUGCCCAGUCGAGCCAAGUGAUCCAGGAAGCGCCGGUCACUCAAGAAAUAACCGUCAUGGACUUUACGACUCAUCAAUCGAUGGACAGUGUCGUUGAGGAGCGUCCCACUGUCAACGUCACGGAACAACGGGCCGUUUCCGUCCAGCAAGUCGUUGAAGGAUCGACGGCUACCGAUCUCGUUCCAGACGUCAAGAAGAAGAGCAAAAAGGCGACGAGAGCUCAAAUGGAACGGACUGAAAUCAGCGUAGGAGACGUCCAACUCGCGUUUAAAGAAGCGCCGCUGGAAGAGUUCAGCGCUGGACAACCGCAGUCGGCCCGUUCGGUGAAGGAAGAACAUCGCACAGUGCAGAUAAGUCAAGUUCAAACCGAGAUGAAAGAAGAGCCGCUGGACAUUUUGAAACCUACUAGCAAAACAGCCAUGGCCAGUGUUCCAGAAAAGCAGACGGUCGUCGUCAGUCAAGAUGUUUUGAUGGACUUUACCGUUCCGCAGACGGCCAAGGCCGUCGAUAGCGUGACACCUAUCGUCAACAUCGCAGAACACAGGGCCGUCAGCGUGGCGCAGGUAAUCGAGGCGUCCAGCGAGUCCCAAUUAGUCCCCGAAUUCAAACCGAAGAGCAAGAAAGCUGUCCGUCACUUACCCGAAAAGACGGAGACGAGUGUGUUCCAGGUAGAUACCGUCGACGUGGAAGCGCCAAUAGAAGCGUUCGUUCCUGUACCCAGCCAACUGGCCAACGUGUCCACUGACGAACAGAGAACGGUCCACGUGACUCAAGUCGUAUCUGAAAUAAAGGAGGUGCCUUUACAACAUCAAAUGCCAUUGGCCAGGCGAGCCAAGAUGGACGUGCAAGAAGCGAUUGCGUGUACCACGCAAGAACAACUUCCCUUCGACGUCACUGUCCAUCAAAAAUCGAAACCAACAGAGACCGAGACGGCCUUUGUUGUCCAUCCGAAAAACAAAGCGCUGUCUGUUAGCACGGUCGUGGAAUCAUCAACGGAAUUUGAAAUGAGGCCUUCGGUUGAGCCGGAAAGGAAGACGGCCAAGGCCAGCGUGUCGCAAUCGGAAGCGAUCUUCAGUAGUGAAAACCUCUUGAUGGACACGAUCGAAGCUCAGAGUGAAGCCAAAACGGAACUGGAGAAGCCCGUCGUUAAAGUGACGGAACAAUUGGCCGUUAGUGUGGGCCAAGUUGUGGAAAGUUCGAACGAAAUGGAACUCGUUCCAGAAGUGAAGAAGAAGACCAAAAAGGCCACGAGAGUGUUGCCGGAGAAGAACGUCACGUCUGUCCAGGAUGUCCAGGUGUCUUUCAAAGAGGCUCCUUUGGACGAACGUGUUCCAGCGCCAGUUCAAUCGGCCACCGUAUCAGCGCCGGAAGAGAAACGUACCAUCCAAGUGGCCGAGAUACAAACGUCGGUGAGUGUUGCACCUCUUGCUGUUACUAGGAAGCCAUCAGCUGAAACUGUUAGAGCUAAACUACCUGAAAAUCAAGCAGCUGUCCAGCAAGAAACGAUCGCUAUGGAUUUCACUGUUCCAAAAGCUACCGCUACCGUCGUUGAAGAAGUACCUAACGUGAGUGUCGUCGAGCACAAGGCCGUCACGGUCGGCCAAGUGGUCGAAGGAUCGACUGGAACGGAACUCGUUCCAGAAAUCAAGAAAAAGACGAAAAAAGCCACUCGAAUUCUCCCGGAAAAAGUAGAAAUGAAUGUCAGUGAUGUCCAGGUGGCCUUCAAAGAGGUUCCCAUGGAAGAUUUCACUGCCGGACAAAGUCAGACUGCCGUUCCAGUGAUGGCCGAGAGCGAAACGCUCGAAAUAAGUCAAGCGCAAUCGUCAAUCAGAGAGGAAGUCCUGGAACUCGAGAAACCCAAAAGGGAAACGGCCAAAUCUCGAUUGCCCGAAGCGCAGACGGUUGUGGUCAGCGAGAACCUCGUCAUGGACUCGGCCUCACCGCAGACGGCCAGGACGAUAGAAACUGGAAAACCUACCGUCACCGUAACGCAACAGAAAGCUGUCAGCGUUUCUCACGUGGUGGAAGGUUCCAGCGAGUGCGAACUCGUUCCAGAAGUGAAGCCCAAAUCGAGAAAGGCCAGCCGUUCGUUACCUCAACGCAGCGAAGAGAUCGGCGUAGCUCAAGUCGAACUGACGGAGACGCUCUCGGAUAUGGACCGUUUGCCGGCCGCAGUUCAAGCCUCGUCCAGGGAUGUUCCAGCUGUCAAAGAGACGGCCGAUGUCACGGAACACGUCGUCAACAUCGCACCCGAAGAAGAUGUCAGUUUCAGCGACGAUAGCUUUCAAAGUUUGGCCUCUUCGUCGUCGACUCUCAUCGAAGACACGAUGAUGACGGCCGCGAGCAGCCUGGAAGAUCUGAUAGAAGAGGUCCAGCUACCCGUCGUCAUUCAAGAAGAAGAAGAUGUCGAGGCCUGUUUUGAGUUACCCAAACGGAAAGAAGAUGCGAUUUCAGAAGAAUUCAGCAUCGGAUUGAAACUGAAAUCAGAGCCCGUAGUUGAAUCUGAAGAUGUCCAGGCCACUGUCAAACUAUCCGAGGAUGUAUCCGCGUCGAAGAAGAUUGUCAAGAAGAAGAAGAAGGUCGUCAAGGAGGAUACAGAAGAAUCUGUUACGAUUCAAACGAAAAAGACCGAAGAACAGGUGGUCGAAAGCGAUGCCGUUUUCAAAUUGAAUCGGCAAGUGAUCGAUGACGUUCGUUCGGAGGACGUCGAAGAAGAAUACGUCUUCAAAAAAGAGGAGGAAGAAGAAUCAGCUGAUGUAACAAUCAAGAAAACUGUCCAGAGAAAACCCUACCAGGUCGAAGAAGUGGAGGAUGUCGUCAAUUUAGCUUCCAUCCGCAAAGUGGAACCCGUGGCCGUCGAAGAUGUUGAGAAGGGCGCCACGUUGAAACUGAAACCCGUCAAAGUCGUGGAACAGGAGGACGUUGAAGAGCAAUUCAAGAUCGGUUUGAAGCCCGUCAAACCUAAAGAACCAAAGGAGGAUGUCGAACAAGACAUGACGAUCAAAUCCAAACGCCAACCGACGCAGGUGGUGGAAGAGGUGGAAGACGUCGUCUUGAAAGUGGUACAAAAACAAGAGGUUCCCUAUCGCGUGGAAGAGGUCGAAGACGAGUUCCAGGUGAAGCCGAUUCUCAAGAAGAAGAAGAAGGUCGUCGAUGACACUGUCGAAAGCGGGGCGACCUUCCAAUUGAAAGAGAAGGUCGCCAUCGACGACGUCGAAGACGUCGAGGAAGAAUUCCAGAUCGGUUUGAAACCGAAACGCAAGCCGAAAGUGCAAAUCCAAAAUGUCGAAGACGAAGCGGCGUUCAGUUUGAAACGGCCCGCCAAGUCGGUAGUUAUCCAGGAAGCCUCUGAGGCCACGUCGUUAGUCAUUCAACAAAAGCCUGCGCACGUCGAUGAUGUGUCUAUGGCAGAGCAAAUGAGCGAGUCCAUCAGUCAGCAAUUUUCAGACAGCGGUGUCGUUUCCAUUACAGAUGUCGUUAUCCAGCCGAAGAAGACGAAGAAGUCGUCGUCCUACAGGGUCGAGGACGUCGAGGACGCGUUCGCUGUUCACGCCCGGAAACUGAAGGAUAGCGCCGAAGGGGACGAUGUCGAAGGUGGCGCCAUCUUCAAACUGAAAUGCGAAUCAAGUGAAGACGUCCAGGAAGAGUUCAGUUUGGGAUUGUUGAAACCACGCCGGCCGGCCAAGCCCAGCAUCUCGGUCGAGGCCGACGAGAGCCUUCGCUUUAAGAUCCCGGCCAGGCCGAAAGCGUCGGCCCCGACUCUGGUGGAAGACGGCAACACGUUGACGGUGGCCCGCGCGGCCACGUCCGUCUUGGCCGACGCCGAGGAAGAGACGACGUCGCCGCUGGAGCCGCAAGAGGGCGACGAGUUCUUCUCGCUGUGCUCUUACGUGGCCGACACGGAAGAGGCGAUGAAUCUGGUGGAAGGCGAGCGCGUCUACGUCCUGGAAUGGCACAACUCGGAUUGGUGGUUCGUCCGCAAACACCUGACGGAGGAGACGGGCUGGGUGCCGGCCCAGUACCUCAAAGACGACGUCAGUUACACGCACUACGUCAAGAAGAAGCUGGACGAGAAGAUCAACAAGUUGCCCGUUUUCGAUUUGCCCACCACCGACGAAUCAAAAGUGCAAGCCCCGAGAUUCCUGACGAAAUUGCAACCGAUCCGAGCGCCAGAUGGCACUAGCGUCACCUUCGAGUGCCAAGUGGAAGGCUCUCCGAGGCCGGUCAUCACUUGGUUCCGUCAGACGGCCGUCAUCAAACCUACCCAGGAUUUCCAGAUGGUCUACGACGAGGAAUGCAACAUUGCCAGUUUGACGAUCGCCGAAGUCUUCCCGGAAGACGCCGGCACUUUCACCUGCGUCGCCAAAAACGCGGCCGGAUUCGCGUCCAGCUCGGCGGAACUCGUCGUCGAAGCUCCGCUCUCCGACCACGGAUCCGACACGACCAUAACAUCCCGCCGUUCCCUGUCCAGGGAAUCCUCCUUGAUGGACAUCCUGGAAGGCAUCCCGCCGACUUUCUCCCAACGUCCCAAAACGAAAACGGUCGACGAAGGCACCGACGUCGAACUCGAAUGCCGAUUGGUCGCUGUCCCGGAGCCGGACGUUGCCUGGUUCCACAACGGGAAGCGGAUCAAGCCCAGCGACCGGAUCGCCCUCCUGGGCCAGUCGGACGUCCACAUGUACUGCAGCAUCAUUCAGAUAAGAGACGUCGGCAUGGCGGACGAAGGCACUUACGACAUCAUCGCCCGGAAUCGGGAGGGUGAAGCCGUCAGUCACGUCGUCCUCAACGUCAAAGUCAAAGGCGCCAGGAAGAUGCCGCCGCAAGUGGACCAGCCGUUGAAGAACACGGUCGUGCAAAUCGGGAGCCCCGUCACCUUGACGGCUAAAGUGACUGGAAUUCCCAGCCCGGUCGUCAAGUGGUACCGUAACGGCGUCGAAAUCCAAACGGACGUCAAGACGGACGAGAGGGGAGUCUCGACGUUGAUCAUCCCCUCCGCCCAGCCGGAAGACGACGGCGAUUACAUGUUGAACGCGGAGAACGAGCACGGACAAGUUCAAACGUCCGCCACGCUAACGGUCCAGUCGGCCAGCAAACUGCAUUUCGUCGAGAAGUUCAACGACGUGUCCGUCUUCGAGGGAGAUCCUUUCGUCUUGAAAGCGAGCCUUUCGGCGCCGGCCGAAGUGUCGUGGUACCGCAACGGCAAGCGUUUGAAGGCGACCAAGUCUUUGAAGAUCACGUCGGACGGGCUGGCGCACGCGUUGCAAGUGUCCAGCGCCAGCGUGGACAAGGAAACGGGCGAGUACAAGUGCGUGGCCAGCGCCGCUGGCGGAACGAAGGUAUGGCACGCAGCGCACGUCGCCGUCGAGUGCAAUGUCUUCGUCCAGCCGCUGGAAGAUGUGGAAGUCGAUGCCGGGUCGGACGUCGUCCUCCUGUGCCGGACCAAAGAGCCGACCGAGGUGUUUUGGUACAGGGAUGACGUCCCGCUCGAUGCGCAUUCGCCUAGCGACGGGCAGCAAGGCGCCGUUCAAGAGAGUAGAGAUAGAGAACAUAAGUUGGUGAUGCGCGGGGUGGGCAGGAAGGAGGCGGGCGGUUACAGCUGCACGUUCCACAAUCAAACGACCGCUUGUGUUUUGACAGUGAGGGCCGAGCCGGCGCACGAGUUCGUCACCAAGAUCAAGGAUCUCGAGAUCAAGGAGCGGCAGCCGGCCGUCUUUAGCGUCGAAGUCUCGGACGAGACGUCCACGGUGACUUGGCACAGGGACGGCGAGCCGCUGGACCAGACCAACACGGAGCGCUACGAGUUCAAAACGGAGGGCAAGCGCAGGAGUUUCGUCAUCCGCAGCGUCUCCUUACAGGACGAAGGCGAGUAUACCUGCGCCCUGGGCGAGCACGAAUGCACGGCCGAGCUGGUCGUCAUCGAACUCCCGCCCGAGAUCACCCUGCGCCUCAAGGACGUGACGGUCCGUCGCGGAGAGGAGGCCAGUUUCGAGAUCGAGUUGACGAAAGGCGACGCCAAGAUCCAGUGGUUCCGCAACAGCCAAGAGGUCCAGCUGUCGCAGCACAUCCAGCUGGCCAUCGACGGUAAGCGCCAGCGGCUCGUCAUCUACGACUGCGGCGCCGAGGACGAUUGCGAGUACUCUUGCGUCAUCGGCGACCAGAAAUCUGCCGCCCGGCUCAACGUCCUGGCGCCCAAAGUGAACUUUGUGGCCAAACUGCCCGAGAUGGUGGCCGCGCCCAUGGGUCAGGACGUGACCUUCACCGUCCAGCUGACGGCCGACGAUGCCGAAGUCACGUGGAUGAAGAAUGGCGAAGUGAUGGUCGAUUCCGACCGGAUCAAACUUACACGAGACGGCUGUGCCCGCUCUUUGACCAUCACCAAAGCGGCGAUCGAAGACAGCGCCGAGUACACUUGCGUCCUGGAAGCCAUGAAGACGGUCACUGUGCUGACGGUGGAAGUGCCCAAGGUGCCGCCCAGCAUCCCCAUCGAUCAAGUGCACGCCGAAGUGUGGGUCCGUCGCGGAGAGGACGCUGUCAUCGAGGUGCCGUUCAACGGCUUCCCUACACCCAAAGCCGAGUGGACGUUCAAGGGCAAAGCCAUCCGCAAGACGAAGAAGUCUGUGUACACGAUCAGCGAGACGUCUGCCCAGCUGACGUUGAAAUUGGUGGACGAGAACGAGGCCGGCGUCUACACGUGCAAGCUGUCCAACGAGUGUGGCGACGUCAGUGUGUCCGUCACCAUCAAACUCAUCGAAAAACCGAGCAGUCCCAGCGCGCCCGAAUGUCUAGAAACGACCGACGAUUCGAUCACGAUCAUGUGGAAGCCGCCCGGCUUUAGUGGCGGCUCGGUCAUCACCAACUACAUCAUCGAGUAUCAAGAGAAGCAAACCAAGAAGUGGGUCACGGCUAACAAAGAUGUCACCGUCAUCGAAACGACGUACAUGGUCACCAAGUUGACACACAACACCGAGUACAGGUUCCGCGUGACGGCCGUCAAUAGCGCCGGCACUGGAACACCGUCCAGCGAAUCGUUGCUCUUCAAAGCGGCCAAAGCGGCCAUCCCCGAAGCUCCGGUCAUCAAAGAGCCGUUGAAAGACGCCACGGCCGGACUGAAAGAGACGGCCACUUUGACUUGCAUCAUCGUCGGCGUCCCGCAACCGACGUUGACCUGGUACAAGGACGACGAUGAAUUCGUGCCGAAGUCUUCGUCGUACGAAAGUGGAUUGGCCCGUCUUAUUUUGAAUAAUACCAGCGAAGAAUCGGCCGGCCAGUACGCGUGCCGGGCAUCGAACGACAGCGGAUCGGUCGAGUGUUGUUGCACGUUGACCAUCCAAGAAGCGCCGAAGAUCGUUCCAGAGAAGAAAACUAAAGUGUAUCGUCUGCAAGUGGAGAAACAGUGGGCCAUCACGGCCAAAGUCACCGGCCUGCCGCGUCCCGAUGUCACCUGGACCAAGAACGGGGCCAGUCUCGAAGGCAACACGCACUACAUCGCCGACGUCGAGACCCAGUCGUCGACGGCCUGCUCCACGACGUUGACCAUCAUCAACACGGAGCGGACCGAUACGGCCAAAUACACUUUGACGGCCGUCAACGCCGCUGGAACAGUCACUUACGACGUCACUUUGAAAAUCAGCGAUAAACCGAGCAAGCCUCAAGGACCGCUCGUAGCCAAAGAGGUAGACAAGACGUCGGCCACCAUGGAAUGGAAGCCUCCGCUGGAUGAUGGCGGCAUUGAGCUCAAGGGCUACAUUGUUGAAUACAGCGAAAUCUUCACCGAGCAAUGGAAACAGGUCGAAGAAAUCUGCCCACAUCCCAUCUGUCACGUUCAGAAUUUAACCGAAGGAUUGGAAUACGUGUUCCGCGUGAGUGCGAUCAACGAUGUCGGUACGAGCGAACCGCUCGAUACCGGAGCUCCGGUGUUGAUCAAGAGCCAAUUCGAUACGCCGUCGGCCCCUCGCGGACCGCUGGACAUCUCCGGCAUGACGGACACGUCUUUGGUCCUGAAAUGGCUGCCGCCGACGAGCGAUGGAGGCUCCCCUCUGACGGAGUACCUGAUCGAGCGUCGCGAAGUCUCUAAAAAAGCUUGGCAGAAGGUGGGCGCCGUCGAUGGCAAGACGACGUACAUCGAGGCUUGCGGCCUCAAGAAAGGAACGUCCUACACUUUCAGAAUCACCGCCCAGAAUCAGCUGGGAUACGGUCCAGCUUACUCGCCGGAAGACGUUAUCGUGGCAGGCAAACGAAUUACACCCCCGGCCCCGCCCAGCAAUUUGCAAGUGGCGGACAUCACGAGCCGAUCGGUGACCCUGCAAUGGGCUCCGCCAGCAUCAACAGGUGGCGCUGAAUUGACGGGUUACAUCAUCGAGAAAAUGCUGCAGGGGACGGACAAGUGGGAGAAGGUGGUGACGCUGGAUCCGUCCGUCACCGUCCACUGCAUUCAGAACUUGAAAGAGAAGUCCGAGUUCUUCUUCCGCGUUUUGACGGAGAACCCGAUGGGUCUCAGCGCUCCGGCCCAGACGGAGAAAGUCUCGCUUAAGACGCACGCCACCGUCCCGUCGCCGCCUACGUCGCCGUUGGAAGUGCGGCCCGUCGGACCCAACUCGAUCAUCGUCGAAUGGGGCAUUCCCGAGAGCGACGGCGGCGCCGCCAUCGAAGGCUACAUCGUCGCCGUCCGCGGCAAAACCAUGUGGAUGGAAGUCGGCCAAGUUGGUGCCGACACGACUCGUCUCAUCGUCAAAGACAUGCAGGAGGGUCACAAAUAUUACGUCCGAGUUCUCGCACGAAACGAAGUCGGUCUCAGCGAUCCGCUAGAAACCGAAGAACCGGUGAAAGUCAUCCGACCUCCAGAUUACCUGGAACCGGGCAUAGCCGGCCCGGCUCACAAGGAUCCGACAGCGUCGUUGAGUCUGAGCACAGAGACUAUGUCGUCGUGGAUGCGCGAUGCGAACGUCGAUGCCGACAUCCACUUCUACUCGCGCUCGUCCCUCCUCCGGCGGGAUGAGUACUUCUUCCGCGUAUGGUACUACUCCCGACAGCUCUUCAAAUAAGAAUUUUAAACAAAAUAAUUACUAAAAAAAUAACUAUAAAAAAUAAUUGAAUUUGGAAAGAAGUUGAUACCAUCUGGUGGUCGAUCAUUGAAGAUCCCUGUACAUAUUGAUUAAGAUUCUAAAAAAUACCUUUUAAGCUUUGGAUAAAUCUUCUUAUCAGAUUAGCUAAUUUCUAACCCACACUGCCAAUCACAAAAAAAAAAGAAUUGAAACGUAAUGUCUUACCUAAAGAUUUUAGAUCAUGUUAUAUGUUAAAAGUUGCGUUUAAUCGUUACAAAAAGACGAACAACCUGUCAAAUGGAAAAUUUAAAAAUUAGGGGAGAAAGAAGGAGAGAUUUGCGUCUCUCUCUUUCUGGUCGAUAUCGUGUGUCCACCCAGUGCAAAGCCUCCCAGUGGAGCGUGAUCUCUUUCUCCAUCUUUCUCCCUAUUUU